AAUAAAGGUCUUGGUCUAAAAACAUUGGUUUCACAUUAUAGAUGAACAAAUUGAGAGCAAAUUUUCCUAUAGUGAAUUACAAAAUUUCAAUAUACCAAAAUCAAAAAGUAACACAUGAUUCACUAGUUAAACUUAGCAUAUAUGAACUAAUUACAAGCAAUAUCUCUAUAAAUUUGUACAUAUUCCUAGUUCUUUUUUUCAACCUAAAGAUCAAUACUUGUGCUCUACCACAGUGCAUGCAGCACACUUCAGCCUAUAUAAAGUUAGUUUUAAUUUAUCACAUGCAUCUGCAAUCACUCCCCAUAGGCCCUGUACAUAAGAAGGAUGUAAUGAAGGCUAGUGUUAUACUUGAGAAGAAAAAGGAAUAUGCCACAAUCUUGGCCUUUGAUGUUAAAGUGACGCCAGAGGCUCAGGAACUUGCGGAUGAAGUUGGUGUCAAGAUAUUCAUUGCUGAUAUCAUUUAUCACCUGUUUGAUCAGUUUAAGGCCUACAUUGACAAUCUCAAGGAAGAAAAGAAGAAGGAAGCUUCUGAAGAGGUGGUCUUCCCAUGUAUUCUCAAGAUUAUGCCAAACUGUGUUUUUAACAAGAAAGAUUCCAUCAUUUUGGGGGUUGAUGUUCUUGAAGGCAUUGCUAAGGUAUUGAAUCAUCAUGAUGAUCAUCAUUAUUACUUCGUUAUUUGUUUGACAUUUUAGAUUUGCAGCUAAGUCAUGUAAUUGGAAAGCCUAGAUUUGGAACAAAUAUCCUGGUGAGAUGCUGAUUCCUAGUUAUCCAUUCUUUGUUGUGAGAUGUGCUUGCAUUGCGUUGCUUGUAUAGGUGGACUCCUCUGGACCUGAUGAAUGUUUAAUUUGUUUUGUAAUUGUUUUGAACGAAAUUGCUGGGUUUUGAGAAAAUUGAAGAGUACUGAUGGGUUUUCAUUAAAAUAAUGUGUAAUGAGAUCCCUCGAUGCAGUUGAUUAUGCAACAAUCAUGAAUUAUACUUUGAAAGUUAGUCAUAUUAUGAUUUAUCUUUAUAUACUUUUUUCAGUUUGUUAAACACUUGAUUCCUCCUAAUUCACUUGCUUGGGACUGUUUGAUAACCUAAUUCAACACAAAACUGAAUCAAUUUAGUGAAAAUCUAUGUUACCUUAACUCUUCUAAAUAUAUGAAGUGCCUGUUUCAGAAACUUGACAUGUGUCCGACAUGUAUGGUUGGACAUUCAAGUUAUUCAACUAGCAAGUAUAUUUAGUAACUUGAGUUUAUCAUUAAACAAGCAUAAAUCCCUAUAUUAUGCAUGAAAUGCCCUAUGGCACCUGGAAAACAUCAUUUCAUCUUAGAAAAUUCUAAUUCUAAUUUACAUUUUUUUUGACAUGGGAAAAGUUACAGUUUCUCAAUAUUGUUGAAGUGUUUAUUUAUCUCCUCCCUUGUAAAUAUAGCAGCUAUGUUGCCUUGGCUUUGACAUUUCUAUUGCACUAAAAGAUCAGUUACUUUAUAUGUAAAAUCAUUUGGAAGCUGUUGCAUAUGAUAUGCUAGUAACAUUUUCAAUUAUACCUCCAAAUUUAAAACAAAG